CUGCAAGGCUGGCACUUCAGCGUCUGGGUUAAAAAUAUUUUAAAGCAGUAAAUGCAGUCAGUACAGAGAGAUCCCUGGGAGCCUUUCUAUUCAAAAAUGUGUGAGCUCAGGGCAGCGACUGCAAUGUAAUUUAGGGCAGUGUAUGCUUCAUAGCUUUGGAGAAUAUUGCUUCCCACUAAUGUUCCAUCAGAGGAUGGUAGGAUAGUAGUAAUUUUAGAAGGUGGUAUUCCUGUUUGUCUUACAUCGAAAACUUCAGAAUAAAUAAAAGGACAUAUCAACUGAGCAAGAAAUGUAACUAUGGAAAAGUACCAAUGAAUCUAAAUUUGAACUGAACAGAUACAAAAUCAGCAUGGGUGUAGGAAUAUUUUUAAGGAGGAAGCUACACCAAAAGCGACUUCCCAGGGAAUGGAUCUCACAGUGCUCAGAGAUGGAGUGAACUGUCUGUGACAUUAAUAUGAGGACCAGGAAUUUCAUCUUAUUCAUAGAGGUGGCCUGAAGACUGUUUUACUCUGCACUUUCAGCUUGGGCUAAGAUCUGUAGGAUGAACAGAGUGUACCAGCCUAAUCCACAGAUUGGCUUUUUAAUCAGUCUGCAGUGUAAAGACAUACUUCAAGAGGAUCCUUAGAAGUCUUGGACAAACUUACCCUUAUGUGGCAGGUGCUGUGCUCGCCCCGGGUGACCCAAAGAUGAUGACACAUAUGUUCCUGUCCACAAGGAGCUAGCGAUCCACUGGGCAUUCCUCUUGCUGAUGACACAAUUCCUGUGUGAAUCUGUUUACAAGAUUCUGAAAACUGAACAGAGAAUUUUGGCACUGCACUGGGUAGGAAAAAGCUUUACAAGAAAUAGAUAACAUCAAGGACAUCGGGAGUGGGAGAGAUUGGACUGGGAGACUCAGCAGGAUGUCUUCCAAGCGACCAGCCUCUCCGUAUGGGGAAGCAGAUGGAGAGGUAGCCAUGGUGACAAGCAGACAGAAAGUGGAAGAAGAGGAGAGUGACGGGCUCCCAGCCUUUCACCUUCCCUUGCAUGUGAGUUUUCCCAACAAGCCUCACUCUGAGGAAUUUCAGCCAGUUUCUCUGUUGACGCAAGAGACUUGUGGCCAUAGGACUCCCACUUCUCAGCACAGUACAAUGGAAGUUGAUGGCAAUAAAGUUAUGUCUUCAUUUGCCCCACACAACUCAUCUACCUCACCUCAGAAGGCAGAAGAAGGUGGGAGGCAGAGUGGUGAGUCCUUGUCCAGCACGGCCCUAGGAACUCCCGAACGGCGCAAAGGCAGCUUAGCUGAUGUUGUUGACACCUUGAAGCAGAGGAAAAUGGAAGAGCUCAUCAAAAAUGAGCCAGAAGAAACCCCCAGUAUUGAAAAGCUACUCUCAAAGGACUGGAAAGACAAACUUCUUGCAAUGGGAUCAGGGAACUUUGGUGAAAUAAAAGGGACUCCCGAAAGCCUAGCUGAGAAGGAGAGGCAGCUCAUGGGUAUGAUCAAUCAGCUGACCAGUCUGCGAGAGCAGCUACUGGCUGCCCACGAUGAGCAGAAGAAACUGGCUGCAUCUCAGAUCGAGAAACAACGCCAGCAAAUGGAGUUGGCCAAACAGCAACAAGAACAGAUUGCAAGACAACAGCAGCAGCUUCUGCAGCAACAACACAAAAUCAAUUUGCUUCAGCAACAGAUCCAGGUCCAAGGUCAACUGCCGCCAUUAAUGAUUCCCGUGUUCCCUCCUGAUCAACGGACACUGGCUGCAGCUGCUCAGCAAGGGUUCCUCCUUCCUCCAGGCUUCAGCUAUAAGGCUGGAUGUAGUGACCCUUACCCUGUUCAGCUGAUCCCAACUACCAUGGCAGCUGCUGCCGCGGCAACACCAGGCUUAGGCCCGCUCCAACUGCAGCAGUUGUAUGCUGCCCAGCUAGCUGCAAUGCAGGUAUCUCCAGGAGGAAAGCUCCCAGGCAUACCCCAAGGCAACCUCGGUGCUGCUGUAUCUCCUACCAGCAUUCACACAGACAAGAGCACAAACAGCCCACCACCCAAAAGCAAGGAUGAAGUGGCACAGCCACUGAACCUAUCAGCUAAACCCAAGACCUCUGAUGGCAAAUCACCCACAUCACCCACCUCUCCCCAUAUGCCAGCUCUGAGAAUAAACAGUGGGGCAGGCCCCCUCAAAGCCUCUGUCCCAGCAGCAUUAGCUAGUCCUUCAGCCAGAGUUAGCACAAUAGGUUAUUUAAAUGACCAUGAUGCUGUCACCAAGGCAAUCCAAGAGGCUCGGCAGAUGAAGGAGCAGCUUCGGCGGGAGCAGCAGGUGCUUGACGGGAAGGUGGCUGUUGUGAAUAGUCUGGGUCUCAAUAACUGUCGGACAGAAAAGGAAAAAACAACACUGGAGAGUCUGACUCAGCAACUGGCAGUUAAGCAGAAUGAAGAAGGAAAAUUUAGCCAUGCCAUGAUGGAUUUCAAUAUGAGUGGAGAUUCUGAUGGAAGUGCUGGAGUCUCAGAAUCAAGAAUUUAUAGAGAAUCCAGAGGGCGUGGUAGCAAUGAACCCCACAUAAAACGUCCAAUGAAUGCCUUCAUGGUGUGGGCUAAAGAUGAACGAAGGAAAAUCCUUCAAGCCUUUCCCGACAUGCACAACUCCAACAUCAGCAAGAUAUUGGGAUCUCGCUGGAAAGCUAUGACGAACCUAGAGAAACAGCCGUAUUACGAGGAGCAAGCCCGCCUCAGCAAGCAGCACCUGGAGAAGUACCCCGACUACAAAUACAAGCCCCGGCCGAAGCGCACCUGCCUCGUGGAUGGCAAAAAGCUGCGCAUUGGUGAAUACAAGGCAAUCAUGCGGAACAGGCGGCAGGAAAUGCGACAAUACUUCAAUGUUGGGCAACAAGCACAGAUCCCCAUCGCCACUGCUGGUGUUGUGUACCCUGGAGCCAUCGCCAUGGCCGGAAUGCCCUCCCCUCACCUGCCCUCGGAGCACUCAAGCGUGUCCAGCAGCCCAGAGCCUGGGAUGCCCGUUAUCCAGAGCACUUACGGCGUGAAAGGAGAGGAGCCACAUAUCAAAGAAGAGAUCCAGGCUGAGGACAUCAACGGAGAAAUUUAUGAUGAGUUCGAUGAGGAAGAGGACGAUCCCGAUGUAGAUUAUGGGAGUGACAGUGAAAACCAUAUUGCAGGACAAGCCAACUGAUAAGGGUCAAAAGAUUGUUGUGACCUUAGGACUUAAAGAAGCCCUAGCUGGUUCAUCCUUACCAGUGGCCAAGCACAUUAACUUUCUCAUACACUGACUGUUACUUUAACUGUUAGUCUUAAAUAGUUGGGACAUCAGCUGACUAAUAGACCUCAGCCUCAAAAGGCUUGGAAAGGAAAAAAAAAAUACAAGCAAACAACAAUAUCAACAACAAGAGAUUGAAAUAAGCUAUGGGUAAAAUAAUGCCAGUAAUUCAGCUGCUACAUCCAAGCACUGAAGUCUUACCCGUCAACUUUUUUUUUUUUAAUAAACUUUAUGGCUGUUUGUUCUACAAUGUUCUAGAAAUUCUCACUCAGGUACACAGUGCCAACAAGUGGCUUGUGAAUGUGUUUUGUUGUUUUGUGCUACAAUUUUUAAAAAGAAAUAAGUUUUGUUUUGUUUUUUGGGGGUUUCUGGGUUUUUUUCCUUUUCUUUUUCUUUCCUUUCCUUUUUUUUUUUUUGUAACGCACCUGACAGAAAAAAAGAAAGAUGAAUUUCUCUUUAUUUCUCUCCACCUUCUCCAUCUCUAUACUUUAAAGAUGGAAGUCUGUGCAUGGGGGGAAAAGGGAAAAAGAGCCUGUUUUUAACUUCCUUGCUAUCCACCACAAAAUAAGCAAUUGUUUUCUUUAGAGGACUUUCUUUAUCUAUUGCACACCACACUACAUCUUUGAGCAAGUGCCAAAUUUGUACUGAAGUGUUGACCAAGUUCCUUUUCUUUUUUUUUUUUCCUUUCCUUUUUCCUGUUCCUUCUUAAGUUAGGACAGUGUUAUAUCUUAGACAAUCCCUUGAAAAACCUGAAAUACCAGCAGCUGGUGAGAUUUGACUUUUUUUUUAAAUGGAAACUGUAGGUGCUGUUCUCAGGUGAAAAGAGAGAGAGAGAGAGACAUAAGAAAUUUAGAGAAAAAAAUAUUUUCUGAUCUUGGAUUUUUGUGUGUAUGUAUGUGUGUGAUUAUGGUACUAAUAGGAAUAACAUUGAACCAUUGUGAGUUAAACCCACAUCUGGGGAUGAAAUCCCACAUCCUCCUAAGUGACUGGUCUGGAAGCAACCUUGACCUUGACUUUGCACUUCAAAUGACAACCAAGAUAGGGCUCAGAAAUUAUAUUUUUAAAUUUCUAAUACGAUUAUUAUUGGAUGGAUCAGGCAGCCCUGUGUAAUCGAGGUGUGCGUGUAUAACAUGGAAGCUACUAGCAAACUGUUCCCAGAUGUCCCUUCUUCCUGGUCAGUUUGUUCCACUAAUGUUUGCUACUUAAUGAUUUCUGUUUGUUUUCCUAUUGAUAACUUCGAGCAAAACAAUCAUUGUUUUCUUUGACUGUAUUUGGUCAUUUUCCAAAAACACAGAAUUAGCUUAUUUCUUCAACAUUCCAUCCUUUCCUGAUUAGGAAAUGGAACUGAUGAUUUUAUAAGGUAUUUUUCAUCUCUCCAUGAAAUGAGGCAGAGGCCAUUUGCAUUUCACAGUUGUGGGCCAUGUGCAUCCCAUACCAUAAAAAGCAGGAUUUGAUUAAAAGUCAUUGCAGCCCGACAAAAUGGAGCCUGGCUGAACCCAGUGAGCCUUGCCACCACUCUUCCCUCGCCGUAAGAUGAAUCCACUGAAGUCCAAUUUGGGGUUCCAGCAGAGUAUGUGCAUAGAGCAACAACCGAUGGUGACAGAACUGCUUAUUUAGAUUUUGCCAGCCAAAUGCCAAGGCAGUUAUAGGGCUUGUACAAAUAAAUGCAAAAUCAUUUAAAGUCAAUUGCCAUUAUUUGUGCUGAAGCAUCAGACAAUAAAUACUCCAACCAGUAGCUUGGAUGUGCUAUGGUUUUCACUCCAGUCAUCAUUUUCCUAUCCCACCCCUCAAACCUGACCCAAAAGUUUGAUUUUUACAUAUAAAUAAGAAAAAAAAUCUCCUUUUUAUUUUUCUCUCUCUCAAAAGACUUGCUCUGGGGUUUUGCUUGGAGGAGCUGAUCAUAUCCUGCAUGUCAGAGAUUUUGUUUUGUUUUUCUGUUUGUUUUUGAUGACUGUAUUUUCAUUUGAACUGCCUCUUUUUGCUAGUGUUGUAAUGAUGAUGAUGAUAAAAUAAUAAUAAUAAUAAUAGUAAUAAUAAUAAUAAUGGUCAGCUGUUCCCAGAUUAGUAAGUUAUGUAUAAUUUAUUUCUCCCUCUCUAUUUUAUUCUCCUCUGAUUUGGAAGUGCAGCCAAUAAGCUGUUAGAUAUUUAAAACAAAUUUCCAUCUUCCAACUCAUAUAUAUAUAUAUAUAUUUAUACACACACACACACAUUCACCCACACAAUUUUACUUCGCCUGCAAUAAGUUUUCUCCUUUUUAAAAAUUUGGCCCCAACAAUGUCAAGUUCUGGUGUUUCAUACAAAGGAGUGAAUAGGAGGGUUGUGUUCAAUCUUAAUUAACUUAUGCUCUCAUCACUCAUUUAGUUAUUUAAUUGCCACAGUCAUCUAGAGCCAAUUUUUUUUUGUUUGUUUGUUUUUAAGCACUCUGGAUAAGGAAAAAAAAUAGACACUCGUUUUAUAUCGUUAUGUACAAUGUGAAAACAGAUUUUUAAAAAUUUGUUCUUCGUCUUUGUUAACAAAUUCUUUCUGACUUAUGUGGGUUCACCUCUCACGUUUGCUGGAUACUUAUUUUACACCACGUUAUAAAGAUGCUUUGUUUUCAUUUCAUGACUUUGGGCUACAAGAAUACUUUGUUUUAGCUCCAGGUAGAUGCCACUGAGGGCAACCACGGCUGAAACCGAUUCUAACGCACUUACCAGUGAAUUGACAAAACACUUCUGCUUGGUCUUUUUUUUGUUUGUUCUUUAUUUUUUAUUUGAAGGGGAAAGCGAAAUUGUUAAUGAUGACCCUUAACUGCUGAAAUUCAGAAGUUAAUUUUAUUUAGUUAGGUUGAUGUCAGAGAGGCUAUACCGUGCGUGGACAAAAACAGGAAGUCCAGAACCCCGCGUUCUGUUCUCGUGUUCUGACAUAGCAUUCACUGGGUAUCGCAGUUUCUUUGCCUUAGUUUUCCCCAGAAGAAAACAACAAGAAAAAUUACACUGAUGUUUAAAAUGCUUUGAAGUCAUUUGAUAAAAGGUGCUAUGAAUAGCAACGUAAUGUGUUAACACAUUGCCUUUUUGGCAUUCGAUUGGUUUAUCAUUUUUGUAAAGGAUCCUAAAACUUUGUAUUCUCUCUCUGUGCCCCAUGAUGAUCAAAAAAGCUAAGGUAGAGGAAAUGAGAGUAAGAUCAAACUGAGAUGAAGAUAACAUUUCCCUCCUCUAUCCUUUCCUGCCUCCCUGUUCACAUCUCUCUCUCUCUCUCUCUCUCUCUCUGUCUCACGCGCACACGUGCAUACACACAUGCACACACUCAUCCCGGUACUGAGGAAUAAUCUUGCCUGAACUCUCAUUUUAUGGCUAUUAUAAUCAGUUCCUCCAAAAAUAGUCAUGUUUUAAUAUGAACAUAAGAGAACAUCACUGAAGAAAAGAGGUUAAAGUUGCUCAUUUACAAGUUACUAAUAAUUUGGCUAGUUACUGCAACUGGAUAAAAUACAAAACUGUUCUUCAGUACGUUUAUUAAUUAGUUAAACCAAAUUUUAACAUUUAUUUGGCAUCUGCUUUUAAAAGUUAACCAUGUAUAAAAUCCCUCCCAAAGAACAUAAUUAUUAUUGAAACCAAAUCCUCUUAUAAGAAACGAUUAUAAAAGAGUUUUCUUUGAUGAAAUUAUUUCAUAGAUUUGAUUUCAGAGUAGACUUUUACCUUAAUUCACUUAAAGAAAAUUAUCUUUAACUAUUUUGUGGUCCCAAUUUCAGAUAUUUUCUUAAUCCAGAAGUUGCCACUGUUCCCAGCAGAAAUCUCUUUUAUCACAUUUAAAACGUCAAAAAAUAACGUUCAUUCAUUCUAGUGGGUGAAUUAUUGAAUUGUAACAAGCAACUGUAUAUUUGCAAACAGGUUUAUAAAAUAUUUGUCUAGCAAGUUAAUAGUAAAAUAAAAGUUAUGGGGUCUGCAAGGAAAAUUAUGAAGCCCACUUAAAGUGGUUCAGAUAUCUCUUAUAGGGCAUAAGUUUUUGUUUAGACAGGCUUUUACAGUAUUUAAUUUUAAAGUUUCCUACAACUGUCAGUUUCCCAAGUUGAAGAUGCUGUUGUGUGAAGUUUCCUACUGAUUGAUUCCUGUCCUUCCCAGUGUUUCUGUCCCUGGUUCACUGAAACAGUAUUUAUACGGCUCCGCUGGCUCUAAAGUUCUUAGUCCUUCUAACGUUUUGGAUUUCACGAGUCAAAAUGGGGAAAAAAAGUAGAAAAGAGACAAUCAAAUGCCUGGAGCUUAAAACAAAGUAUGUGCAACCUACCAUCUCACUUGAAAUUUAAUAAAAUAAAUAAUUAUGUAAAUAUAACAUAGAGUUAUAGAUUUAUAUUUUGUUCAUAACACAUAGUGUAAUAUAAGUUGUAUAUUUUCAUGUUUUUGGUUUUAUGUUACCAUUCAUGCCACAAUAAAAAGAAAACAGGAGUUUAUGUACUCUUAAAAAAAAAGAUGUGGGUUGCCACCAACCUGUUCUUUUGUUUGUUUUUUGUUUUUUGUUUUUGCAUUCUCUUUUUUCAGUAUUACUGCCAUGCAAGGCACCAAUAAAAACAGCAAAUGUGUUCUUUACCUAUUAUACUGUGUUUCUUUCCACCAUUCUUGUUAUGAAGGUAUAAUCUUCAGUUUUAUUAUGGAAAGAGUAAAAGUACGGAAAAUAAUUUCAUUUUCAAUAUAAAUAACCCCGCUUCCUGAAGUGGACUUUGAACUGAGAGCUAAGGAUUUAAUUCUUAGCGGUGGACAUUGCAAGAAGGACCACCAGAACUUACAAUGCAUCUCAUCAUACAGGGAUCUAGCUUCACUAUAAUGUCAAAAGAUAUCGCUCUCAUAUGCAAUUGAGUCUAAUACUCUUUAAAAUCCUACAGCCCGAAGCACUUUUAAUGUUGUUUUCCUAAGUUUGAUGCUAUCAUGGGGGCAGGGUUUCUACACUUUAAAAUUAUAUUUUAUCCUGUUGUUUGUAUAGAAAAAAUGUAAAUUUCAGAUUGUGAAAUUACUAAGAACUAUAACUAAUAUUCACCUUGCUGGCAUCUAAUUUAGAAUAAUGGGUAUUCCUAAAUACCCAUUAGCCUCUGGAUUCUACCUUCAACUUUUUAAGCAAAUGUGAAAAACGAGAAGCCUCCUUUCCUUCUGAUGACCAUUUUUGCUCUUUUCCACCAUAUCAUGUUUUUCUAUCUUGAUAGUUCUGUGUGUAACCGGUUCCUGUAGGGGUUUUUGUUUGUUUCCUUGGUUGGUUGGUUGCUUGCUUGCUUGGUUUUUAAGUAAGUACCAAGAUGCUGGGUCAGAUAGCAUCUGGUUCAAAUGAAUAUAAAUUAAGUAUAUAAAGAGGAUAUACUCUAGUAACACUCAGCCGGUUGUAGCCCUUAACUGAAGUAUUUUACAAAGUCUGGUCCAUGGACCACCUGCUUCAGAAUUAACUGUUCAAAGUGUAGAUUCCUGGGCCCGACUCCAGAUGUAGUGAAUCAGAAUCUCUAGGGAUAGAGAUAAAGCUGUUGCUGUUUAACAGCUCCAGAUGAUUAUACGGCAUACGCUGGUAUCUCAAAACAACCAGGAGGUGGGGCUAUUUUCCUCUCCUAUUGACUUCUGGCGUGUCAAAUUUUGCAGAUCCUGCGGCCUACCAUCCUUUAACUUUCAGCCUCUGUGAAAACCUUGACGCUUAGGGUCAGUGAGUGGCCAGAGUUGGAGAUUUGGAAAGAGCUCUCCUAGAUUGUGUUUGAUCCGCCAGCGCCAUGCUUGUCCGUUAUCCUCUUUGCUCUGCUCUGUUCUGAGCAAAGCAGGAGGCUUCAGAGUCUCCCAAGUGAGCGGAACACUGAAAAUAUAACGGAAACUCACAAAGCUACACCCACUUAGUAUUGGCAAAACAAAUUGAGGUUCUUUUGAAAGGAAAAUAGCCAUUUAAGAAGUGAAGAGAUAAACAUUCCAUGCAGUGUUUAUAAUGGACCACCUACGGCGGCUACGCUGGUCACAGUCUCAUCCCCUUACUUCACAAAAAACAGCAUUAUCAUAAUGGAUAUGCUAACAAUAUGUGGACAGGGAAGAUCUCGGCUGGCUGGUCACAGUCUCAUCCCCUUACUUCACAAAAAACAGCAUUAUCAUAAUGGAUAUGCUAACAAUAUGUGGACAGGGAAGAUCUCGGCUGGUUCUGAAACCUGUUCCCUCAAGGGGGUGAAGUCCCAGCCACCACCCUCUCUUUCCUACCAAAUAAAGUUCACUUAGUUUUGUCCUGUGAUACAUCAAUUUAGAAGCAUUCUGUUCUUGGCCUUUACUUUUUUUUUUUUAGUUUCUUAUGGAAUAUUUAGGACUAGACUAGCAUGCAAUAAUGGAUUGUUUUCUUACUGCCAAUGCCUUGAACAACCAAAAAAUACUGGCAAUAGUGAAAAGAGACCCAUUCUCUCUCUUUUUUUUUUUCAUUUAUCUCAAAUUUGCCAAUUUCAGUGUUGGUGUUUUGAGGACGUUCACAUAUGUGUUUUUCAGAAACCAGGACACUGUCAUUCUUACCAAAUUUUGAAGUUCAGCAGUCAUCCCUAUUUACAACUUAACACCAUCAUUGAAACCUCAGUUAUAGCAAUGGAGUUGAAGGUAAGCAUGAAUUAGACCAAUGUCUGAGUUAAAGAAUAUUUAUGAAAAAAAAGAUUUAUUUUUCUUGAGUUACUAAAGCAACCUAAUAGCUAGCUGAGAAGACCUGUUUUAUAAGUAAGCAUUGUAAUUAGUAUGUAAAGUGUAUGCAAUAGUAUUGCUAAAAGGUUCUUAAAAAUAGUUAUGUUUUCUUAAACAGGCUAAACAUCUGUCCUACAAUUUUGUUUGUUCUACCAAUUUGCUUUUCUAUUUUUACCACCAAGAAUGAACCAGUUCGGCUCUGAUCACAAUAAUCAUUUUUCAAUUAGUCAGGUCCAGAUUCAUGAGAUUCCCCCCCCCAUUAGUGCCAUUUUCUAAAUACGCAGACAAAUAUGGAAUGGAAUGGUAUUUUGUUGCUAUCCAAAAUAUAACCAAGAGGAUGAAAGUUGUUUUAUCAUUGAUGUCUCUACUGAUUCAAUUUAAAAAGGAAAAAAUAAAAAAUACCAGAACUGUAGGAAUUCAGUAGGCCUAAGUAA